CUCUGUGUUAUAAUUAGCAUCUGUUUUCAAACUGACGACCUUUCCCUGCAUUGCAUCCAGCCAGCAGGCAGCCGGGGGCAAAUCUAUUAAUAACACUAGUUGGUGUGCUGUAAACCAGAAAGAGGUGCAGUUUGUUGUGACAUGGCCUGCAGAGCAGACACCGAGCUGAAACCUCAAAGCUUUAAAUUUACAGUUCCCUUAGAGCAGGAGGAUGAAUCUGCUUUACUCGAGGAAGACUCUGAGCCUGAGGUAAUCCCUGAUGCCGUGCUACAGGUAGAGGGAGAGUCUUUUUAUGUCAACCGUCAACAGCUUGCUCUCCAGAGUCCUUAUUUCAGGGCUCUGUUCUUUGGCUGUGGCGUAGAGAGCAACAAAAGGCAUGUUGAGCUCAAAGGUGUGGGCCUGCAGCAUUUCCGGGUCCUGAUGGAAUACAGCAAGACAUCCAGUCUAGCUUUGGACAGAGAAAACGUUCUGGGGAUCCUUGAGACUGCAGACUUCCUCCAACUAGAGCAAGCCAGACUGCUGUGCUGCAAGUUUCUCGAGCGUGAGCUGCACCUCAGUAACUGUUUGGGAAUGAUGGCGUAUGCCUGGCAGCUGGGCUGCACUCAGCUCUACGCCGCAGCACGACAGGUGGUGCUCACACACUUCUCUGCUAUUGUCGCUGAAGAGGACUUUGUGUACCUGUCUAAGGAGACGGUGGCACACCUUCUUGCCAGUGAUGACCUGGCCAUCCAUAAAGAUGAUCUGGCUGUUGAGGCUACCCUACGCUGGGUGUCAUUUGACCCUAAACGAGAGGAGCACUUUCUGGAGCUCAUUGAGCUGGUGAGGCCUGAGUCACUGUCUUUACCGUUUAUCACUGUACUUUUGACCAGAAUGAAAAGCUCUGAUCCCAGAGCCAAGCUCAUCUGCAAGAUGAAUGAACAUUUUCCAGCUUCUUGGUCAGUAGGCAGGUCAAUACCAAGAACCAGGGCCAGAGAAACACUCUUUGUCCUGGGUGGACCUCACGAUCAGGAGCAACAGGCACUGUACCAGUUUCAUCCUGUCAGUGGUAGAUGGCAGAGCUGUGCACCUCUGCAGAGGAAGAACCUCACACAGUACUCGGUAGCUGCAGUAGGAGACUGUGUGGUUGUGACAGGUGGCUACUUCCGUGAUGUGUUGUGGUUCAGUGUGGACUGGGUCAGGAUGUAUGAAUGUGGGAACCAGCGGUGGGUGGAUGGGCCGGCCCUGCAGAAGUCCAGGCACAGCCACUGCUCCAUAGGACUGGAUUCAGUACUGUAUGUCUUUGGGGGCAGUAUGGAUGAAGGGCUUGUGGAUGAUGUAGAAAGGCUGGUCUUGGGGUCAGAGGAGGGUUGGGAGGGGGUCAGCCCCAUGAUUAUGGCUGUGGAGAGGGCAGCCACUGCCACUCUGGGGUCGUGUAUCUAUGUAGCGUGCGGUCUGGAUGAAAACGGGGAGGUGUAUGGUGGAAUUCAGAAGUAUGCAGUGAAGGAGGAUCAGUGGGAUGUGGUCUCCUAUUCUCCAUUUCCAAGAUAUGACCUGGUUGCUACUGAGCUCAACGGUGCCCUCUACCUGUUUGGAGACCAAGCUUUGCGUUUUGAUGAGGAGACAGAUGAGUGGACUGCGCUGGAGGAGGAAUGUCUAAGAAGAAAAUUCUUCUGUGGCUGCACCACAGUCAGCGGACAGAUAUACCUGCUGACCACACAAUCAACAAAGCAUCCAUGUGCACUCUUGAGAGAACAGUCAAGUGUUACUUCAAUGGAAACAUCACAUUUUUCCUGCUAUGAGUUUUAUAUCUCUUUUUGAUUAAAAAAACUAUUCUACUGUGGGUCUAAGUGUGUUAUUCUGUGGAUCAGCCCUUUGAGUGCUCUAUAACUUUGUUGUUUUAAAUCCUACCUUGUAUUGUGGGCCUGUUCAGACAAAACAGUGUUUCUACUCCUAUCACAUUUGUCUGUCUAUAAAAGAUGAAUAGAUGCAGUAUGUGGACAUAGCAACCAAUUAUCUUAAAGAGAACCUAUGAAAAUGUAACACUAGUUUCUGGUAGUGAAUGACAUGAGUGUAGUGUGUUUUAUGAUUGUUUUUGAAAAAUAUCUCUGUGCUGUACUGUUGACAAUCACAAACUUAUGGUGAUCCACCUGAAAACAACAGUUUACAGACACUAACCAGUACACUUUGUUGGGUAAAUACAUAUUAAAUCUGAGUAAAAUACAAGUAUUUCACUAAUUACCUCCUGUUCCUAAUAAAGUAGUAGAGUCUAGUUUAUUCAUAUGAAAAUAUGCCAUCAACCUUUAUGAAAAUCAUUACAUCUUUACAUUUCAAUAAGACUUUUCUUCAUCUGAGCCAUAAAGCAUUUGACCUUAAAAUUUAAAAUAUCUCACAUUUCACUAAUGCCCGUCUGCAGAUAUGUGCAUAAUUUUCAUGGCUUACCUAGGCACUACCCAAUUCACCAAAUGUUUCAGCAAAACAUUAAAUCCACUCACAGUAAGGCCUGGCCCAUGUGUUUGUUAAGUAAAGUUAAUCCUACUUGCACACAGAGCUUGAUAUCAAAGUCACAGAGUAGUGUAGAAAACAGCAGCCAAGGCACAAAACAAAAGUCCAGUAGAGCAAACCUCACCAAAAACCUCGUGGAGAAAUAAUGCUGCCUGUCAAAAUGAUAUUCAAAGUAGAAAAAAAAGAAACAAACAAACACACAGACAUAUUUCUAGGAGCAACACAUUUUCUGCAAAGGCAUCACUUUUAUCAGACACAGGGAGGGCCUUCUCUACAAGGACAAGUUCUUCUUUGUGCACCAGGGGGCACCAUAUCUCUUCUAAGAGGUGAGCUUAACUGACAAAACCAGCUCCUGUCAAUGGAAAAAUAUAACUUCUAUCAUCCCUAAGGGGUUUCUGCAGUAGAAGUUUGUAUUCUGUCACAGAUAAUAACAUAAAAAUUGUCUGUUGACUAAAUGGUUCAUAAAAAAUAGUCUAUAAAGUGGUUUAUCAACAGAUUUCCUACAAUCAAGGUUAUUAAUAGUCUAUGUACAGUCAAUCAAACAGUGUAUGUGGAUACAAAGCUGGGGGAGUGAAUUACUAUUUAAUUCUAGCUUUAGUUUCCUUUGUUUAACACAUAUUAUACAAUAUAUUAGAUGAUAGUUUUGCGAUUCUGUAUAAAAAACAUUCAGUUUUUCUUGUUGACCUAAGAAAGCAUAAAUGUAUUAUAGCACAGUCCGGCUACUUGUAUCCUUAUGUAUUUACAAACAACUUAUUAUAAUACAAUGAAAAGAAACAGCAUAAAUACAAAAUCAAAAAAACAAAACAAAACAUGAUUUUAUGUAAUGGGAUUUUCACUGUCUCCAUGUUUUGCCAAAUUUAUUUUUACAAUACACAGUAGAGUUGGUGACAGUAGUGAUAGCGUUGCUUCCUAAGCUCACACUAAGUGUGUGGAUUUACAAUCAUUUGUGCUUCUUCACCCUCUUUUUUUUUUUUUUUUUUUUUUUUU